GUAGUAACUUACACGUUGAAAGUAUACAGCUCUCAAACUCCUCAAGAAAUUAUUCAGUAUUGUGCAGCAGACCCUCAUGGACUAUUUAAGAAACUCAAGCUAACUCAAAUUGAAACUUUUUUUUUUUGAAAGAUAGCAUUUAAAUACAUUUGAAGUUCACCAUGGCUUGGUUUGUUAUGGCCAAAACUGGGACAUCACUCAUGCAUAGCCUCAGUAAUGCACGACUUUGUUCAAGAAAUCUACCAGCAACUUUUGCUGCACAAAUUAAAAUGUACAGUGAUCAGUCUCAGCCUGUGAUGGCUAUGAGGAGAGAGACAGUCAACGUUUGGGAGAGACGAGCGCCGCUGUCACCUCAGCACAUAAGAAGAUUGGUGAAAUCAGGAAUAAAAGUCAUUGUGCAGCCUUCUGAUAGAAGGGCUUAUAGUAUGAAGGAAUAUGCAGAUAUGGGUGCCAUCAUUCAAGAGGAUAUGUCAGAAGCUUCACUCAUCAUCGGAGUGAAGGUCGUCCCUAUUGAUUCCUUAAUGAGAGAUAAAACAUACGCUUUCUUCUCCCAUACCAUCAAGGCUCAGCAGGACAAUAUGCCACUUUUGGAUGCAAUCCUGGAUAAAAAUAUUCGUUUGAUUGAUUAUGAGAAAAUGGUUGAUGAGAAAGGAGCUAGAGUUGUGGCUUUCGGCAAGUAUGCUGGUGUUUCAGGGAUGAUUAACAUUCUUCAUGGAAUGGGUCUUCGGCUGUUGGCUCUUGGACAUCAUACUCCCUUUAUGCACAUUGGCCCCAGUCAUAACUAUAGGAACACAGAGAUGGCCAGACAAGCUGUACGAGAUGCUGGCUAUGAGAUUGCACUGGGACGAAUGCCAAGGUCUAUUGGACCAAUGACCUUUGUGUUUACAGGCUCAGGCAAUGUUUCGCAAGGAGCUCAAGAAGUUUUCCAGGAACUUCCACAUGAGUAUAUAGAACCUGAGCAUCUACCCAAGGUUGCCAUGCAAGGAUCAACAUCCAAGCUCUAUGCCUGUGUUGUAAGCCGUGAAGACCAUUUCAAGCGCAAGGAUGGUGGCAAGUUUGACGCAGAGGAAUUUGAAAAGCACCCAGAGCGUUAUGCCUCCAGCUUUAGUCAUGAUAUUGCGCCAUAUGCCUCUUGCAUUAUCAAUGGUAUAUACUGGGCACCAGGUGCCCCUAGACUGAUCACCAUUCCAGACGCCAAGACACUUCUUCAGCCCACUGUUGCUCCGUGGCUACCCUCAUCCCCAGGGUGUCCAACCCUCCCCCACAGGCUGUUGGCCAUCUGUGACAUUUCAGCCGACCCUGGGGGUUCGAUUGAAUUUAUGAAAGAGUGCACCACCAUUGACAGACCUUUCUCGCUCUACGAUGCUGAACAGAAUGUUGACUCAGAAAGUUUUGCUGGUGAUGGUGUACUCAUCUGUUCCAUUGAUAAUAUGCCAGCCCAGAUUCCAAGGGAAGCCACGGAGUACUUUGGUAGCCUCCUCUUCCCUUACAUCAAAGAAAUGCUAAAAUCAAAUGCCAAAACACCUUUUGAAGAGUACAACUGCAGCCCCAUUGUUAAAAAUGCAGUCAUCACAAGUAAUGGCCACUUAACUCCAAACUUCAAGUAUAUCCAGCAGUUAAGGCAGCAGAGAGCAUCUGCCCAUAAAGCCAAACUCAGUGUGGCAACAGAGAGAAUUUUAGUGCUGGGGGCUGGUUAUGUUGCUGGUCCUGCUGUGCAGUAUUUGUCUAGGGAAUCCAGAACCUGUGUCACUGUUGCUUCACAGUACCAGGAGGAACUGGACAACAUUACAAAGCUGUGUCCAGGUGUGGACACUGUGCUGAUGGACCUGAACAGAGGGUACGCAGAGCUAGAGAGACAUUUGGAAGAUCAUGAUUUAGUCAUAAGCCUGUUGCCAUACUCUUUCCAUCCUGAUAUUGCAAAGCUGUGCAUCCAGCACAAGAAAAACAUGGUGACAGCCAGUUAUGUUAGCCCGGCCAUGAGAGAACUGCAUAAAGCGGCCCAAGAAGCAGGAAUCACCAUCUUGAACGAGGUGGGUGUUGACCCAGGUAUUGACCACAUGUUAGCCAUGCAGUGUUUUGAUGAAGUGCAAAGAGCAGGUGGAAAGAUUACUUCUUAUGUAUCAUAUUGUGGUGGGCUGCCUGCUCCAGAACACACUGACACUCCUCUGCUUUAUAAAUUCAGUUGGUACCCUAAAGGUGUUCUUAUGAAUGUAAUGUCAACAGCCAAAUAUCUCAAGAAAGGCAAGAUUGUUGAAGUUCUUGGAAAUGGUGGCUUGCUAGAUGCAGUUGAAAAUCUCACCUUCAUGCCUGGAUUAAAUUUGGAAGGUUUCCCCAACAGAGACUCAACUGUUUAUGCUUCAGAGUAUGGGAUUGAGUCAGCUCAUACAAUUCUACGUGGAACCAUUCGUUACAAGGGUUUCACUGAAGCUAUUAAGAGCUUGAUAAGAAUGGGAUUAUUUGGAACAGAACCAGAUGCCCAUCUUCACCCCCAGGGAGCAGAAAUCACAUGGAAACAAUACAUGUGCACCAAAUUUGACAAAUCUGGAGACAUUUUGACAGAUUCACUGAAAGAUCUCAUUUUUGACAGACUAGACCAUGACCCUAAGAAACUGGAUGUUAUUGUCAGGCUUGGUUUGAUUGAUGACGACCCUGUUGACAAAAGAGGCACCCCUAUAGACACACUUUCUAAUUAUCUGGCCAAAAGACUUUCUUAUGGUGUGCAUGAACGUGACAUGAUUCUCAUGCGCCAUGACAUUGGUAUUCAGUGGGGUGAUGGCAAGAUGGAGGAAAGGAGCAUUGACUUAGUUUCAUAUGGAGACAUUGGAGGAUUUUCUGCCAUGGCUAAAACAGUGGGAUUACCUACAGGCAUUGCUGCCCGAAUGAUUCUCACAGGUGAAAUCCAAACAAAAGGUGUCUGCUGCCCAACAGCCAUGGAAACAUAUAUACCCAUACUCCAGAGACUGCAGAAGGAAGGCAUCUCUGCCAUAGAGAAGAUCAAACUGAAAUAAAAUCCAACAGUAUCUUAACUAUUCUAAUCUCCUAUUAGAAAGAGUUUUUUAAUAGAGUCAGACCAAACGAAUGAACUUUCAGUGCAAUGAAAUAACUUCAUUUUUACACCUUGGCUAAAGUUUUAAAACUUAACAUUUGUUUGAGAAAUGCCUUUUUAUGGACAGUUUAUAAACAGUUGUAAAUACAUGGCACAAACUGUUACUUCUGUGCAUUUAGUUAAGAAUCUCAAAAAAAAUCCUUUUUUGGAUAAUUGAAAAAUAAAAUCAUAUAUGCGUUAUUGAAAUUUUCAAUGUUGAAGAGGAUUCAUAAAGAGCAGUAUUUUAUUCUUAUAUGUUUGUCAAAGAAAGUUGAAUUUUUGUUCAAGUAGAUAUCAGAGCUAGGUUUGGAUUGGAGCAAGUAUAUUUUAGCAGUUUAUUUUUAGAUGCUCUUGUUGUAUAGUGGUAUUUUGCUGUGCUGGUAACUAAAAACAUGGAUUUGCUUUUUAAAAUGUACAUUACCUUAGCAUUAAAAUCAGCCUAUUUUCCUGUUAAUAAUAAUUAUUUUAAGACAUUCUUAAAAAAAAACUUCCUGUAUGGUAAAAAGAAGCAUUUUUGUCAUUUGAUUUUAAUUUCAGUAGAAUUUUUUAGCACCAGUUCAAAGUCUAGUUAUCACAAAACUAUAAAGAGUUGAAACAAAAUUUGUAUUGUUUGUAAUAUACAAUAAUGUAUAGAGAUAAAUAUUCACUAUUAAUUUAAGUAGUAUAUUCACUGGGUUGCUGUAUUGCUCAAACUGAUGAAAUGAUCCAAGCUUACACUUCUCAGUAAAUUUGAAAGAAAUAGAUUUGUUAUUUUGAAAACUAAAAUAGAAAAUUGAACACUAAUUACUAAUAUUUUUAUUUAUUUAAUAGCUAUAUAUGUGUAUUAUUUUUAUAUUAUGUAGUUUCACAGUUUAAAACCUUGAAAAAUACUACAAAUAAUAGUUAACAUUAAAAUCAGGUAAAUGACAAUUAUGGUAGAUUUAAAAAUAAGCGAUUGAUUAUCUGAUAAGUAAUGGACUUGUGAAAUUGUCAUGUGCAUUAGUAUAUCUAAAAACACAUUUUGACACCAUUUACAUAAACUUUAAAAAAAUUGGAAUGAUUUUUUUUUAAAUAUGAAAAACAAAUAUUUUUAUACCUAAAAUUAAUUUUAAUUUAUUUCUGGAUAUGCAUUAAGUAAAAGCUAUCUGUUAAUGCUCAUUAGUGGAGACUGUUUUUAAAUUAGCUAUGUAAUGUAAUCUUUAUAAACAAGAGCUGAUCAUGAUGUUAGAAAAAUGUGUUGCAUUUUGAAAAACCAUAAUGACCUUUUUAACAAUUUACAAUUUUAUUUGACCUCAUAUAUUUAUGGAGAGUGUAUGCAUGUGCUUGGAUCAACAUCAUAAUUUGACAGGACAGUGACAUAGUAAAAAGCAUUCCUAGGUACUUAUGCAUGUUGUAGAAUUGUUGUAGUUGAUAUUGUUGAAAGGAGGAUGAAUUAAAGGGGAAGCUAUUCUUUAAAUAUGUUAUAAGAAUGGAAUGGUAGCCAAAUAUCUUUUUAUGAAUAUAUAUUUUUUGCAAUUGUCUCAAAGUUUGAUGGAGAUGAUUUGAAGAUUUAAAACAAAUAUGAGAUCUAAUCUGUAUUAUGUUAUGUGUUCGACGGAAUUUUAAAAAUAUAGUUAUUUAUGUGAAAUUGUAUAUGUUUAACCAAUAAUUCUUUCAUUACUGCAUAUGCAAUAAAAUGCUGUCAAAAUAAGAACUGAUAUUGUAUAUUAAACAUCAAGAUUGCUCUCAGUAAGGAUUGAACUUGCUAUAUUUCUUAUAAAGCUAGUCAGCAAUUCGGUUCGAAUCUCAAAUUUUUGUUGUUGUUGGUUUUACAAAGUCCAUAUAUAUUUUUUUUAGAUCUUUAAAAUUCAAUCUUUCACAUAAAUUUGCUUCUUAUAAACGGAACAUUAUAAUGGCCCAGCUUGAGAAACAAAUUACAUUCAUGUGUUACCCUCUUACAAAUUUUAGUCUGUUUUUUUGGUUUUAGUUUAUUGCAUUUAUUUUUAAUCUUUCAAAAUGUUUAUACCAUAUUGCAUUUAUCUAUAAAGAAUAAAAUAUGCUCACAAUAUUCAAGUAAUUUCUACUUUACAUAAAAUUAUAUGUAUACAUGAAAUGUUUUUAAAAUAAAAGGUAAUGUGCUUUCAAAGGAACAACUUUGCUGAAAAGCAAAAGUUAGUUUACAAAAAUCUUUUUUCUGUGGUCAUCCAGCCACUAAAAUGUGUACAUUUUAUGUAGAGAAAUAUGCAGAUCACACACAUUCAUAUUUACAAGCUAAAUUGUAAUAUUGUGUAAACAUAUUUUUUUUAGAGUGCAAUGGCAUAGUUUUUUUUUUUUUGGUGUGAAAUGUUUUAAAAUGCAGAAAAUAUUUUCCCACAUUUCUGAUAAAAAAGCCAUUUUUAAAUGAAAUAACAAGUGCCUAUUUGUGUUUUCUUUGUUUUUCAAGUUCUAAACUUUUUUAAAAGCAGAAAUCAUUGUGAGACCUGUGUUUUGUUUUACAAAAUACUCAUAUUGCUUUUUGUUUAUAUAUUUUAAAUGUAUUUUUAUACAAAUGUUGAAACUGAAGUGCACUUCAAUAUGAGUUUUUUAAAAACAGUUUGCUAUUUACUAUUUUGUGAGGUUGUUUUUGAAAAUUUCUAAAAUAUUUUGAAUUCAUCUCAUAUGUGACAAAUAGGCCUAUGUGUGUCUUAAAACAGCCAUUAGUAAAGAACAUUUUUAAGAACACAAAUGCAACAUCAUAAUUACUUAAUUACUUUUGAAAGCAAAUAGGAUAACAAAAAUCAUGUUUACUGAGUUCUCCUUGUUGUAUUUACAAAUUAUUUUAUUCAUAUCAAUAUCAGUUUCAAUUAUUUAGCCAUUAAAACUAGUUGUUUUCUAUUUCAUAAUAUACUCAUUUAUAAAUGAAUACUUUAUCUGAUUUGUUUUUGAUUUUUAAAUAAGUACAGUUUAGAUUUUGCUUUAUUCCAGAUUAUCUUUGAUUACAUUGAUAUUAUCUUUGAUUUUUGUAGCAUCUGAAUGAAGUAUACUCUGAUAUUAUAAAUUUUUAAAUUUUUGUAGCAACUGACUAACAAAUUUGAUUGUUUUGCUUUCCCUUAAGAACACACUACAUUGCCAGAUAUUUAGUUAUUUUUCAGUACAAAAAUAAUUUCAGAUUUGUUUUCCAAAGAGCAACGCUACUGUUCAAUCUUUUGUAAUAAUUAUUGUGAAUUAUUACAUUUUGAGUUAUGUAAACACAUUUUAACAAUUACUUUAUGUAUUCAAAAUUCAAAACCUACUUUUCCAAAAAAACUAUUCAUGUAAGUAAUGCUGAAUUUAUCCUAAAUUUACUUUUUGAUGUGAAGGUUCAUUGAUGAUGUAAAAUCUACUACCAUUGUUUUUACUUAAAAAACCCCUAUGACAUCAGUUAAAUUUUUGGAUUUGUUUUAGAUAUUGUCCAAUUGACUUAAUUUUCU